AUGGAGGCAGAGGAGAUGGGAGGAGGCAAAGAGCUUGAGCAUAGGAGAUGGGAAGAUAUAGAGAGGUGGGCGACAGAGAUACGAGGAGAUGAUGAUGAGAAGAAAAAAUUUGUGCUAAUUGAGAUUAAGAGGUUGUUACAAGUGCUAAAUAGAUCUUUGAAAAAGUUUCCUCCAAUGGCUCUUCUGAAUUUUGACUCAUCGAUGAACACUGUAAAUCGAUUGUUGCUUGAGGAAUUGUCUUAUGAUCGUGUAGCCUUGGCUGAAGAGAGUAUCCUUUCGGCAAGCAAACUGACUGACGAACAAAGGGUGGUGUAUGAUACAAUCAUUGGAGAUGCGUUUAGCAAUACUGGUGGUAUGUUUUUUGUAUACAGUUAUGGUGGAAUAGGAAAGACAUUCGUAUGGAAAACCUUAUCUUCUACAUUGCGUGUGAAAGGUGAAAUAAUUCUAAAUGUUGCUUCUAGCGGUAUAGCUUCAUUACUUCUACCCGGUGGAAUGACUGCACACUCAAGGUUUGCAAUACAAAUUUCCCUAACAGAAGAUUCCACAUGUAACAUCCGACAUGGCAGUGACUUGGCAGAAGAUUCCACAUGUAACAUCCGACAUGGCAGUGACUUGGCAGAGUUAAUUGUUUAA